GAAUCGGGUUGGAGUUUAAAAGAUCAACUGACCCAUACAUAACCCGAAACUCAACCCAAUUGAUUGAUGGAUUAUGUGGAUGGGCCCAACCCGCCACCCGCCAGGUAAAUCAAAUGAGUUUUAAGUUUUUCCUUUUUUCAAAAUUUAUUAUUAAAAAAAUUUGUUAGAUUCCCAUUCAGCUAGGGCUUCCGCAGUUCAGUGUUCAGUUCACUCCCAUCUUCUCUCGAUCUCUCUUAGCUUCUCUUCGGCGGCGGCGGCGGCGGCGCUGAAGAGUGCCAUCAAGACGACCCGUCGACGACCCACGAACAGGAUUCCUGCCGUUGCGAUUGACGAUUUUCGGCGGCUUUAUCAAUCAUAAUCUUCAAAGAAUCAAAACCUCCGAUCUCCAUUGUCGAUUUCAAAUUUCAUCUGCUCUUGCGAGUAGCGGCCUUGCCCUUGCGACCUAGUUGCUGGGGAGAACGAACUACAGAACAUAAAAUGCACAAGUGAUGUGGCAUCCUUGUUGCAACAAGUAUUGAAUCUGUUCAUCAAAUGGAAGUGGUGAUAGCAUCAUCUUCAAUUGAUGCCGGCAUCAGUUGCUGGGACCUGCACACAGGUGUAGAGCAGCUCCGCUACCGAUCUUGUGCCUCUCCUCCUCAUGGCCUCCUCUGCAUUGCCCAACGCUUCCUCGCCUCCUCACAACUCCGCGAUUCCCCCUCCUCCUCUGGAUCCAUUCUCUACUGGUCUUGGCACAAGCCUCAAGUAGGAGUUAAGAGUUUUCCUGCAGAAGCGAUCAAUCCACUUGUAUCAAACCAUGAUGGCACAUAUAUUAUUGGUGGAGGUGUAUCUGGGCAUAUUUACUUGUGGGAAGUUGCAACCGGUAGACUGCUAAAGAGGUGGCAUGGACAUUAUAGGGCUGUUUCUUGCUUAGUAUUAUCUGAUGAUGAAUCUCUUUUGAUUUCUGGGGCGGACGAUGGAUGCGUUAGGGUCUGGUCCCUUUUCAUGAUAUUUGAUGAUCUACGAAGAGAGGAAGCAAAACAUCUCUAUGAACACAGCUUCUCUGAGCACACAUUGCGAGUUACUGAUAUUGUUACAGGUUAUGGAGGAAGCAAUGCAAUUAUUGUGUCAGCUUCCGAGGAUCGGACAUGUAAGGUUUGGAGCUUAUCGAAGGGGAGGUUAUUAAGAAAUAUUUUAUUUCCUUCAAUAAUUGAUGCAAUUGCAUUGGAUCCUGGUGAACAUGUCUUUUAUGCUGGUGGAAGAGAUGGCAAGAUAUACAUUGCUGCACUUAAUGUUGAAAGCACCUCUAGUAGCAAGUAUGGGAUGCAUAUCAUUGGUUCGUUAUUUGAUCACAGCAAGGCUAUUACUUGCUUAGCAUUUGGUAUGGAUGGAGUUUUAUUGGUUUCUGGCUCAGAGGAUGGCAUGAUUCGUGUUUGGGAUACUAAAAUGCGCAACAUUAUUCGCAUAUUCAAACAUUCGAAAGCUCCCAUUAACAAUGUUCUCGUUGUAAGAAGACCCUGUUCCUCAAAUUCCCAGGUGUCACAAGCAUCCCUAGGAAGAAGGCAGGGGUCAUUUUUACCACCUCCCUUGGGAAAAUAUGCAAAUUCAUCUGACGAAAACAUAGAGAUAGAGGCUGUUAUUGCACCGAAGGAAGCUUUUGAUAAGCCAAUGGAUGCUGCAUACCUCAGUGCAUACAUGAUGAAUAAUCAAAUGAAAGAGCUUCAGCAACUAGGUUCUGCUGCUGCUGUUGAAGUGGAGAAUGAGAGACUUCAGUUUGACUGUAGAAAGUCUAUGCAAAUGGUUGAACAGUGGAAGAGAAUGUAUGAAAACUUGCAUGAAUUUUGUGUGAAUGAGCUUUUGGAUGGAAAUCAAACAGGAGGCUCCUGUUGAAUGCCACCUGAGUCAUGGUUGUUCACUUGUCCUCUAUGCAAGCAGCUUCCAAGUUUUGUAGGUAUAUUCUAAUGAUUUAUUGUGCUUCUUGUUAUUUCUUUUAUUUUGUAUUCUCUAGCUUGAAAUUUUGUUUGCUGUUUUCUUCAAGAAAUGGGUGUUUUAUUUGGGUUAAGAGGAUUAAUUUAUUAGAGUCAACUCACCUAUGGAUCCAAUGAUCCAUAAUACACUGAUUUGCUGUUGUCUAUGGGUGGCAAAUUGAGUAAUUUUUGCAUUCCUUACAUGCUAUUGUUUUAAUCA